UUUUGUACUGUUGGACAAUGUGUUGUAACCUUAAACCCGGCAAAUGAAAACAAAUUAUUUAUAUAUUUUUCAAAUAGAUAUUAUUAAAUUUUUUGUUAAUUAAAAUUUAAAAAUUAUUAAUAAAUAUAAUGGCGAGUGAUGCACCAUUAUCAUGUGGUCUUGAGUACACCUCUGCAGCUUGGGAUUUAUCUGAAUGUUUGAAAAAUGCUAGAAGAGCUAGAUAUGGAUUUAUUAUUGUACCAUUGGUUCAUCCAAGUUAUAAACAAGAAUUUAUAUCUGGUGCUGCAUUAGCAAGAAGUGAAUCAGAAGCAUUUACAAGACCUGAUAUGAUACUAAUGAAUUCAGAAUGGUCAACAAUGAUUGUUGGUAGUUUUUCUUACUAUGAAGAAGUUGAUUCAAAAAUUCCAUAUGUCAGAACAAAUAGUGAAAAAGCAUUGUUACAAGAAAUAUCAUUGGCAUCACAUCUUAAUAUUCCAGCAGUGACAUUUAAAUUGACAUCUGGUUUAAGUGAAAAAAGUAAUCUUGCACGUAUUGUAUUUAAUAAACUUGUAACACCAACAUCAUUACAAUUCUGGAUACAAAUAGACAUGACAAAUCCUAAAAAACAAGCAAUGUCAUAUCGUACAAAUGACAUUGAUGAACAAUCAAUUCAAUGUCCAUGGGAAUGGUGGAAUGAAUUUCGUAGUUUUUGUGAUUUUGAUAAAAAACUUGGUGUAUCACUUGUUGUCAGUAAAGACAUACCAGAUGAUCAAGAAAUAAUGAGAUGGCUUGGUGAACCAAUUAAAACACUUGUAUUUCCAGCAAGCGUAUUUUUAUCAAAUAAAAAAGGUUAUCCAGUGCUAAGUAAAGCACAUCAAGAAUUAGUUAAUAAAUUUUUAUCAAUGAAUAUACAAAUGGUUGUAACUGGUGUUGAUGGUUCUGAACAUAUUGCACAUUAUUAUACAUAUCUUGAUCAAUUAUGGAAACGUGGAUUAUCAGAAUUUGGACCACGUGAACGUUUUGGUCGUGGCUAUGAGGAUUAUUUACAAUUUCCACUUCAACCAUUGAUGGAUAAUCUUGAAUCUGGUACAUAUGAAGUAUUUGAAAAAGAUCCAGUUAAAUAUACACAAUAUCAAACAGCAAUAUUAAAAGCACUAAUUAAAAAACGUGAAGAAUUUAAUAGUGUAUUUUCAACAAAUCCAAUUGUAAUAACAGUUGUUGGUGCUGGUAGAGGACCACUUGUACGUGCAGCAUUAAAUGCUGCUGAUAUUGCUGCUUGUAAAGUUAAAGUAUUUGCUGUUGAAAAAAAUCCAAAUGCUGUAUUAACAUUACGUGCAUUAAAAAAUGAUGUAUUUGAUGAACGUGUUACAAUUGUAUCAUGUGAUAUGAGAGAUUGGAAAGCACCAGAAAAUGCUGAUAUAUUAGUAUCUGAAUUACUUGGUUCAUUUGGUGAUAAUGAAUUAUCACCAGAGUGUCUUGAUGGUGCACAAAAUUAUUUAAAACCAAAUGGUAUUAGUAUACCACAAUCUUAUACAUCAUAUAUUGCUCCAGUACAAUCAUCAAAACUUUAUAAUGAAUUACGUUCAUGUCAAGAUAAAGAUAAAUCACCAAUUUCACAUUUUGAAACUCCAUAUGUUGUUUAUUUACAAAAUAAAUAUGACAUUGGUUCACCACAAGCAUUGUUUACAUUCCAACAUCCAAAUAGAGAUGAAGUCAUUGAUAAUUCAAGAUAUGGACAAAAAACAUUUAACGUUCAACAAAAAGCUGUUUUACAUGGUUUUUCUGGCUACUUUGAUGUUGUAUUAUUUGAAGAUGUUACUAUCAGUAUUGUACCACAAACUCAUAGCAAUGGAAUGUUUAGUUGGUUCCCAAUAUUUUUUCCUCUCAAGGAACCAGUACAUGUCAAUCAGGGUGAUACUAUUGAAGUACAUUUUUGGCGUCGAUGCAGUCCAAAAAAUGUUUGGUAUGAAUGGUCAAUUUCAAAACCAAGACCACUUACCAUUCACAAUCCAAAUGGUCGUUCAUACACUAUGGGCCUUUAAUUAAUUCAAUUAACAUGAUUUUUUUUUUUUUUUUUUAAAUCUACAAAUAGUUCAAUAUAUAUUUUUUUUCUACAGCAAAUUAAUAAAUUAAUCAAAUGUCAUUUAUAUUACAUUGUUGUCUAAGAAAGGAAAAAAAAUAUAUAAAAGUAUACACAUCA